ACGUCACGACGCACGGUGGCGCGGUGACGUCACCGCGUCUCCCUCUCUCUCCCUCCUCACGCCUCCCCAACAUGGAUCUGAAGCGCUCCGCCAUCCUCUCGCUCGCGGCCUACGCGGGCGAUUCCGACGCCGACUCGGACAACGACAACGACGGCGUUAACAUCAUUGGCCUGGUGCCCGGCUACAAUGAAGACGCUGGGCCAGACCUGAGCCUCGGUGGAGGAGGAGGAGGGGAUGGAGGAGGAGAGGGAGGAGAUGAUGAGAUGGAGGUUCAGAAUGAGGGAGACAAGAAGUCUGCAGAGGAGCUGGUGGCCUCCUUCUCUAACCGAGUGAGGCAAAUGUCCACCGAUGAGAUUCAACUUCCUCCAGAGCCCAUAGGCCGAUGCUCCAACCAGUUACAGGAGAAGAUUGUUCGUCUGUACGAGCGUAAGGUCCAUCAGGGAAUCGACCUGAACGUGGUGAUUCAGCAGAAGAAGGAGUUCAGGAAUCCUAGGUGAGUGGUGAGUGAGUGGUGA